AUGUCCCGACACUCCAGCGGUGGUGAGGUAUCCUCGGGAACCUGGCUACUGAAAAAUAAUGGACAGCUCACAAAUGAAGACGACCUGUUGUUAGAUUUAGGCAGUCCAAUGUUGAGUUCUUCAUUGUCCUCACCCUCCUUUUCCCUCCAGAGGAAUCGGGCCAGCUCCGAAUCGAAGCUGUUUACCCCUCCUGCUGAGAAACGUACAGGGACCCCCUCAAAAAUGUCCAAACGAGAAUCAUUGAAGGUACAAAAGAAGUACUACCGCAACCAGAAGAAACAGGCGACCAAGGAGUUGAUGAGCACCCACAAGGAUUCCUCUGUGAUUGUUCUUGCUGAUUGGCUUAAGGUUCGUGGAACGCUCAAAAGCUGGACCAAGCUGUGGUGUGUUUUAAAACCUGGACUCCUAGUAUUGUACAAGAGCGAGAAACAGAAGAGUAGCCAUUGGGUGGGUACUGUUCUCCUGAACACGUGUCGUCUGAUAGAGCGACCCUCUAAGAAGGACGGCUUCUGCUUCAAACUCUUCCAUCCUCUCGACCAAUCCAUCUGGGCUACAAAGGGACCAAAAGGGGAGACAAUCGGAGCCAUCGUUCAGCCACUACCAUACUCUUACCUCAUCUUUCGGGCCCUGUCAGAAUCAGCUGGGAAGUGUUGGAUGGAUGCCCUUGACUUGGCCCUGCGGUGUACUGGGCUGCUGAUGAAGUCCAUGAAGAAAGACCCCCACCUGGUACAGGGAGAGAACCCUGAUACUCCAGACACCCUCUUACCCCCUUCAACAGAACAAGAACAACUGAAUGAUAGUGACUGUGAGAAACAUUUUGCUGGUGUAGAUCUUGAGGAAGAUAGUCGGACAGACAGGGAGGAAUUAAAGACUGAUACGGAGUCAGAUACAGAGGAGGAAGAGGACAAAGUGUUUGAUGAAAUCAGUCAGCCAAGUGAGACAUCAUACAUGGAGAAUGUUGUCGAGGAAUUAGGACAGCAAGGGGAUGCGUGCCAAACAGAAGAAGUUGAUGAUGAGAAUAAAGGUCUGAUCUGGACUCUGGUGAAGCAGGUACGUCCAGGUAUGGAUCUAUCAAAAGUGGUGCUGCCAGCCUUUAUCCUAGAGCCUCGCUCCUUCCUAGAUAAACUGUCUGAUUAUUACUAUCAUGCAGACAUUUUAUCUGAAGCUGUGACAUUAGAAGAUCCCUACUCCAGGAUGAAAGGCGUUAUCAAGUGGUACCUCUCAGGGUUCUAUAAAAAGCCAAAAGGCCUGAAGAAGCCGUACAACCCAGUCAUUGGUGAAUCAUUCAGAUGUUACUGGCAGCACACCAAGACGAAGAGUCGCACAUUCUACAUAGCUGAACAAAUAUCACACCACCCUCCAGUGACUGCCUUCCAUGUGACUAACCGACAUGAUGGCUUUACGAUCAGUUCAAGUAUCCUGACAAAGUCCAAGUUUUAUGGGAACUCCUUGUCAGCAAUUUUGGAUGGCACAGCAAAACUCACAUUCCUGAAGCGAGGGGAAGAUUAUCUUGUAACUAUGCCAUAUGCUCACUGUAAAGGAAUCCUAAUAGGAACACUUACUAUGGAGAUGGGAGGCAAGGUGUCCAUUGACUGUCCAAAAACAGGGUACAGGUGUGAGCUGGAAUUCAAACUCAAGCCGUUCUUAGGAAGUGGUGCUGCAUCCAACAGAAUAUCUGGGAAGAUAAAGAUGGGUUCAGACACAUUGGCUCAUGUGGAAGGACACUGGGACCAGGAAGUUUUUCUCAAAGAGAAGGGCUCGUCGGAAGCUGAAUUGUUCUGGAGCCCAACACCAGAAGUGAAGAGUCAGAGGUUACUGCGUUAUACAGUUCCUGUGGAUUCUCAAGGAGACAUGGAAUCAGAGAGGUUAUGGAGGCAUGUGAGUGAUGCAGUGGUCGUAGCAGACAUGGUAAAUGCCACCCAAGAGAAAUAUCUACUGGAGGAACGGCAGAGGAAGGAGGCACGCGAACGAAAGGCAAAGAUGGAAGAAUGGAUGCCUCGUUUAUUUGAAAGAGAUCUUCUGACAGGCGAUUGGGUCUACAAGCAUUUAGAUAUGAGGCCGUGGGAUCCCAGUAAUGAUCUGCUGCAGUAUGAGUCCAACUACUGUAUUCAAACAUGGACACGUCACAAGACUCCAGUUGUGCGUACAUGUAGCAUUGCAAGUCUGGAGCAGCAACCGGUGGCCACCGGUGGUCGGCUUGCACCCUGUAUCCAUCGAAGCUCUGUGAAGAGGCUACGUAUUGUGGGAGAAGAGAGUGAAAGUUCAACGCCAGAGAUUGACACUCGACACAACAGCGAUUCAUCUGACCAAACUAAAGCUCGACGAAUCCAGCGCACGGCUUCCAACAACAAGAGCCGUUUAUCAGAAGAUGCGCUUGUGAAAGCCCUGCAGCCAUUGAUAGACAUGCAAAAAGAGACCAACCAAUCAGUUCAGCUAUUACAAAAGCAAAUGUUUUCCUUAAGGAAGGAGAAAGAGGAACCUCAAGGGAACAGUUCACUUGUCCAGAAUCGUGAUAUACUCGUCGUGCUUGCUGUUGUCCUAUGCCAGGUCCUGCUGCAGCUGCUGUGGAAAUGAUCUGUUGUUAGAAAUGUUUAUUUAAAAAUAUAUU